CUCAUAAUGCAGCACAGUGAAACCGAGCCGUAAACGAAACGGUCUGCUACAGAUAUUCAUCUAAAGGCGAGCAAUGGCGACAGAAGCGAUGGAGUUGAAUGGAGAUGCCAACCGAGGGAAUGUAGGAGAGCCUUCUCGGCAGGGACGUAUCUCCAGGAACAACCCCAUUAACAUGAACCAUUACGCCAAUAAGAAGAGCGCAGCGGAAAGCAUGUUGGACAUAGCGUUACUGAUGGCUAAUGCAUCCCAGCUGAAAACCGUUCUGGAGCUGGGUCCCGGUUUUCUCUUUUACACUCCUAUCAUCACCCUGAUCAGCAUCUCUCUCAUCCUGCAGAUCAUUGUAGGAGUCCUGCUGAUCUUCAUAGUGAAAUGGAAUCUUAAUGACACCAGUAAACAUUACAUACUCAAUCUUCUGGAGAACAUUGUCACAGCUCUCGUCUUUAUUAUCGUAGUAGUGAACGUUUUCAUCACAGCGUUCGGUGUACAAAAACCAGAAGAAAAGAAAGUGUGAGGUUUUCUCCUACCAAUGGAGAUUCAAAUGGACAUUAACUGUUAGGAAUGUUAUGUGUACUGUUCAUGUAAAUUAUAUUCCUUAUGUUUUUAAAUACAUCACUCUGGUUUUUUCAGGUAAAAACAAUUUGUAAAUUAUUAUAGAUCAACUACUGAUGAGCCCAAAAAAUCAAAUUAUAUAUCAAUAUACGAUUAUGUAUUAUCAUAACACUUGCCUUAAAGACACACUAUGUGUGUUAUUCAUACAUGAAGCAGUAUAAUCUGUGUUCCCUUCUGCUUCUCAUCUUAAGGAAGCAUCUCACUUCCCCAAAAACCACUGUUUCAAGCAAUGUCUAACUUUCCGUUAUUUCCUCUAUAACAACUGUUUACAUAGAAAUGUUUCUGUCUAGAUGAAUUUUAAUGAACCGUAAGGGUGUUUUCACAUAUAGUUCACCUCCGGAUGUGGUCUGAGUAUGGUUCCCUUUUGGGUCCUUUUAGGGGGUCUGAGAUUACUUGGUUUGUUCACAUAUACACACUGAACUGGUGUGAAUACACCCUACACACUUAAAACUAAUGUGUUAUAACAUCUCUUGUUGUGUCUAGUUAAAGACAACAUAUUUAAUGUGUUGUCCUUAACUAGACACAUCUCUGUGUUAAUAUUGGAGCAUCACACUUUGUGUUGUUUUAACACAUCCCUUUUAUUUAUUUGAACACAAAAUCACACAUCAUGUGUUAAAUAGGAUUACACAAAACAAUGUAUAAAAAAUGAACACAUUCUUUCUUAGAUUGUAUGGCUUAAUGUGUUUAUACAGAAUCUGUGUUUAUAUACAAAGAUAUCCACAGAAUUGAAACACUUUAGUUAUUCAGUUUUACCUGAUUUUCCUGUAUGUGCGUUUGUGUUUUUAAAAAUAUGUUGUAGAAUAUAAUUAAGGUUUUAACUACCAAUAAUUCAUCCAACCAGUCCACAGACACUUUUUAUUUUACAAUGCAUGGAAUUGGACAAAUUCAUUAUUUUGGGGGGACUAUAUCAGCCCAAACAUACACAGUUUCAAAGCAUUUUGCAUUGGAUUUUCAAUACUGCCUAGCCUCAUAUUAAAUAUUUCUGAAAAUGUCACAUCUAUAAAUGUAUAGAUUUUUAUAUGUAUAUGUUUUUCAAUACAUUUCAACUUUUUGUUCACACUAACUCUAUUGCACAAUGUAUGUAAGUUUUAUUUAUCAUUUAUAUUAAAGGGAUAGUUAAAAAUUCAAUUCUGUCAUCAUUUACUCAUCCUCAUCUAAACCUGUAUGAAUUUCUUUUUUCUGAUGAACACAAAAUAUUAUAUUUUAUAAAAUGAUGGUAAGCACACAGUUGACGGUACCCAUUCAAUUCCAUCAUGUUUUUAUUCCUACUAUUGAAGUCAAUGGACACUAUUUGCUGUGUGUUUACCAUCAUUUCUCAAAAUAUCUUCUUUUGUGCUCAUGAGAAAAAGGACGAGAAAAUGAUGACAGAAUUUUAAUUUUAAAGGGAACUAUCCCAUUAAAAAGCCAUGGUUUAUAACACAUGAAGGAUUGAGCACAUGCAAUCAAGUCUUGAGAUAACAGCGCCCUCUUCUGUUGACGACGUUUCAAUACAGACUUUUAAGAAAUAUUGCCUUUAUAAAAUGUUUGAUUUUCUGACUUCAGGUUUUCUUUAUAUUUAGUGUUGAUAUUUGUUGUGAUUAUCUAUUUUUAAUAAGCUGUUUUAUUUCCUUUAGUAUCUGUAUAUUUUAUACUGAAAUUUGUAUAAAUGAUUAAAAUGAACCUUUGUCAACA